CUAAUUGAAUUAUCCUAACCUCACGAAAAACUCACUUCCGGUCGUAGCUGUGUCGAAGUGGCGUGUUUAUAGGGAAUCUCGUAAAAAGAAACCCCCCACUCCCACUGAUUCACAGCUGUCAGUUGGAGGAAAAAAACACUGUCAAUCUUUGGGAGGAACCACUGUACAGUAUUUUAACAACCAAGACGAAGAAAGAGCAAAUCCUGGAAACAUCAACGUCGUUUAGAAGCUUCUACGAGCCAGGCGAAUCUCUUUGAAAAGGCGUGACGUGAAGAGCAGUGUCAGUUUGCUCUGUCACACAUUAGAAAUUGGGGUUGGCUAGCUAGUAGCUGGCUAACCAGCUAGCCAGCUAAAUUUAUAUUGCUCAAAGGGAUUGGCCUUCUCUUUUGCAUUGGGGUCAUUACACCGGAAAGAACAUCUCAGGAUUCAAUUAAACCUCAUUUUUAUGUUUUGGGUCCCAAAGAAGGAUUUUUUCCCCCCACACUGUGUUGCUCUAAUUUGGCCCUGAACGUGUUGGUGGAGCUGCAGUUGCACAGAAGCCAUGGGGACACCAGGUAGAAAGCGUGCCCCUAUCAAGGACCGGUUUUCAGCUGAGGAUGAAGCCCUUAGUAGCAUUGCCCGGGAGGCGGAGGCCAGGUUGGCUGCAAAGAGAGUGGCCAGGGCGGAGGCGAGGGACAUCCGAAUGAGAGAACUCGAACGGCAACAGAAAGAGCUCUCCUCUCGCCACUCCUCAUCCAGCAGCAGGAAAAGCUGGGGCUCGAUCCACCAAUGGAUGGCCGACACAGAGAAGGCCCGGCACUCUGGAACUAGUACUAGAUCCAGUAGCCAUCAUCGGCGGGAUGAUGAUGUCAUGUCGGUCCGUAGCACUGGAAGCUACAGGUCAACCUCCUCAUUGCGAGACCUGGGCAGCUCAUCUUAUAAAAGCCUGGCCAGCACCUCUCAUCGAAGAGACCUGGUGUCUGACGGCCUGUCCAAUAGCUCGGCCCUGAAGAGUAGCUCCUCUGUGAAGGGUAGCUCCUCUCUGAAGAGCUCCCGCUCCACUAGCUCUGUGUACAACGACCUGCAUAAGAAGGCUCCCGUGUCCAGCAGCUCCAGGAAGGGCCUGCUGACUGGCUUGUACCAUGAUCAGAGGAACUACAGCAGCUUAAAGAACACCUCCAAACUUCCUCCUCCCACUACUUCCACCUAUCAGCCUCGGGCCCCAUCUGUGGCCUCCACCGCUGGCUCUGGUUCGGGGUUGACGCGCAGCUACAGCCUGGCUUCUAUAAAUGACGACGGUCUGUAUGGCUCGUACACUGGUUCUCAAUUGCAUACUCCCUCUGAGUACAGCUGGUGCUCCACCCGGAGCAGCCCUGUGUUAGUGAGGUGUGUGCCAAGUGCAUGUGGAUACAGUACUCUGAUAAAGGGGGAUCCUGACUGCUCAUGCUCCUCACAGAACUCCUCUGAUGACGAUACUGCCAGCACCGUGUCCCAGGAGCGCUACAGUCGCGGCAGGAGAGACAGCGUGUCGUCUGAUUUCUCUGACAUCAGUGAGUCGGCCGCUGACUAUUUCAGCCGCUCCAACCGCAGGGGCAGCGUUGUGUCUGACCUGGAUGACCUGUGUAUCCCAGACGACCUGGACGCUCUGGAUGAAAAAUGUGAUAAGACCUUCGUAGACUACAGCCGGCCAUCCUCGCGCUGCACCACUCCCGGCCUCUCCCCGGCCACCCUGGCCUCCCUGGGGGGGACCUCCUCGAGACGGGGCAGUGCAGACACAGGCAGCAUUGUCGAUCCUGACACCAGUCUGAGUGAAUUGAGGGAUAUCUAUGAUCUAAAGGACCAGAUUCAGGAUGUAGAGGGGCGGUACAUGCAGGGGCUUAAAGAGCUGAAGGAGUCGCUCUCGGAGGUGGAGGAGAAGUAUAAAAAAGCCAUGGUAUCGAACGCACAGCUGGACAACGACAAAACCAACCUUGUCUACAACGUGGACACACUCAAGGACGUGAUCGAGGAGAUGGAAGAGCAGAUGGCCGAGAUGCGGAGGGAAACAGAGGACAAGUCUAAGGAACUAGAAAGACAAAAGCACACAUGCACUGUCCUGCAGCACAAACAAGUGGAGUUAAAAGAGGGAAUCCGCCAGAGAGAUGAGCUCAUAGAGAAGAACCAGCGAAUCCAGACUAACUUAGAUACCCUCACCAGAGAGGUGUUUGACCUGCAGGAAACGAUAAACUGGAAGGACAAAAAGAUUGGGGCCUUAGAGAGGCAGAAAGAGUACUUUGAUUGCAUUAGGAAUGAGAGGGAUGAGCUCAGAGAUGAGCUGGCUGACAUCAAGGCGAAGGCCAAAACAGGAGAGAAACACGGCCUGGUCAUAAUCCCUGAGGGCAUGCCUAACGGGGACAUCAGCCACGACGACCCAGCCACAGGGAUCACUGUGGUCACACAGGAGGCUGCCCAGGUGCUGGAGUCAGCAGGAGAAGGGCCUCUGGAUGUUAGGCUACGAAAGCUUGCGGAUGAAAAGGAUGAACUCUUAGCUCAGAUCAGGAAGUUGAAAAUGCAGCUGGAGGAUGAAAGGCAGAAGCACUCGAAGAUGGAGAACGCCUUCACAGAGGGAGAGAGAAUGGAGAAUGGCACUGAUCUGCACGUCAUCGAGAUGCAGAGAGAUGCCAACAGACAGAUAAGUGAAUACAAGUUCAAGCUCUCGAAGGCAGAACAGGAAAUGGGCACAAUGGAACAAAACAUCAACAGACUUGAAGGACAAGUGUCCAGAUACAAGGCAUCGGCGGAAAACUCAGAGAAAAUAGAAGAUGAACUUAAAAUUGAAAAAAGGAAACUUCAAAGGGAGCUGCGUACAGCUCUGGAUAAGACUGAGGAGAUGGAGAUGACCAACAACCACCUAGUAAAGCGCCUUGAGAAGAUGAAGGCCAAUCGGAACGCCCUUCUGUCUCAGCAGUGAUGUCUGCUGGAUUGCCGCAGAAGCCCUUAAACUCACACCUCAGUGUCUGGAGCACAUUUCCAUUCUUCCUGUAACACUUAAAGUUGUGUAGCAAAACCAAAAACACUUACAGAAAAAAAGCAACACUGGUAGCACCGAGGCGAGAAUUAGUGUUUUUUUUUUUUUUAAAUAAAUGAUUAGCAUUGGUUUGUGCACCAGUGUCGUCGGAGGGAGACUCAACCUAUUAAACCAUAGUUACUAGGGGAGGUGAUGAAUCUAAGGAAAAUUUGACUCAUUACUUUAUUUUUCAAAGCUUUGUACUACAUGUUAUUCACAAGGUUUUACUGCUGGGUGCUUGGCUAUUAUAAUUUUUUUUAAAUAAGUUGCAUGAAUGAGUAUAAUGGCGCUUUUUAACUGUUAAACCCUUACGGCUGCUCUCUGGCCGUGCACCUAUCCAUAAUCCCUCACACAGUGAAGUGCCUUCUCACACCUGGAGACUGAGGGUUUUGCAUUAACCAAACAAUUCAAAACAAUAACUGGUACAGAAUUAUGUAUUUAAAGGUGCAGUCAUGAUUUAAUGAAAUAUAUAGAACCAAUUGUCUGCAGAGGUUUCUCAAAUAUUUAAAGAUUUCUUGGCAAUAAGUGUAAAUGUCAGAACUGUAAAUACAAGGUAGAUUUGUUAUUUUUUUUUGCAUGGGUUAUGGCACAUUGAAUUCCAUUUGUAAGAGUGAUGGUUUGAGGUUCUUUAUUUGGGGUACAUCAGAAGACAGCACUACAUACCACUUCUCAAACAGUGUUCGCUGCUUUGAAAGCCAAGCAGUUUCAAGUCUCAGGACCACACAGUGAUUGUGUCUGGGGCAGCUAUCGCAUUGAAUAAACUCUUAACAGAUUUA